AUGGGAUUCGGUAAUUUUGCCUCUAUCUGCUCCAAGACCCCUCUGCCGCUAUGUUCGGUAGUUAGAUCAUCGACCCAUCUAGUGCUGGGCACACACCAGACGGUCCACGACUUCGAUCCCCAAAAUGUGACGAUCGGCAUUCUUCCCAAGUGCUACGCACGCUCCAUCGACGUGGCCAACACCGUGGUGUUUCAAAUCGGCAACGCGUUUGUGAAUAUUGGCGCUCUGGGUGUCAUUCUGUUCAUGGUGUAUUCGACGCGUCAGAAAUACACAGCGAUCGGCAAAUCCGAGUACGGUUUUCUGUUCGAGCUCUGUCUUGCGCUCAUCGCUUUCACUUUGGUUGUUGAUUGCGGCGUGUCCCCACCAGGCUCUUCCUCGUACCCAUACUUUGUGGCCAUUCAAAUCGCGUUCGCCGGAGCCUGCUGUUGGACAAUGUCCAUCCUAGGCUUUUUAGGAUUCCGACUUUGGGAGGACGGAACACCUAAAUCUAUGGCUUUGGUACGGGGCUUCGCUCUGGUAGGUUUCGCCCUCAAUUUUUUGGUGGCGGUUUUCUCUUUCCAAGCGUGGGAAACGUCUCCUACAUAUACAAACUCCAACACAAUGGGACUGUUUAUCGUGAUGUAUGUGAUUAACGCCCUGCUGAUCCUGUGCUAUGUCCUGUGCCAACUAGUGGUUUCCAUCUUUGUGAUCAGUAACCUGUGGGCUGCGGGUGCAGUUCUUCUAGGUGUGUUCUUCUUCUUUGCUGGCCAACUGAUCACAUAUGCAUUUUCAGAUGACAUAUGCGUCGGCGUCAAACAUUAUCUGGAUGGCUUAUUCUUUGGCAGUCUCUGUAACAUAUUCGCCCUGAUGAUGGUCUACAAGACUUGGGAUAUGACCACGGAUGAUGACCUUGAAUUUAGCGUGUCCGUGGAUAAAGAGAACGAUUUGACCGACACCUUGAGUUACAAAUUUUAA